AUGGGCCACAAGACCCAUCCAUACGGGUUUCGACUGGGUAUCAUAAAGGACUGGAAGGCGCAUUGGUACGCGUCCACUGGUUCGGCCUAUCGGAACUUGGUCAAGGAAGAUCUCGACCUGCGGUCAUGUAUCCGCAAUGAGUACCGCAUGUUCUCCGACGCAGGUAUUGCCAAUGUCGUAAUCGACCGCGGCGCCCAGGACAGCGUUAUUGACAUCCAUUCGGCGCGGCCCGGCAUACUCAUUGGCCGUGACGGAGAGCGCGUGAAAAACCUGCGGUCCAAGCUUGAGGCAAUUACCCGGAGCCGUGUUCAGCUCAACAUCAGGGAAAUCGAGCAGCCUGAGAUCAACGCCUACCUGGUUGCCCGCAACGUCGCCGAUCAGCUUGAGCGGCGGGUUGCUUACCGCAGGGCCAUGCGACAAGCGGCCCAGAGGGCCAUGCAGGCGGGAGCCCAGGGGAUCAAGAUCAUUGUCAAAGGACGAAUUUCCGGGUCGGAAAUCGCCCGAACUGAGAAAUUAAUGCUAGGUCAGGUUCCGCUGCACACCCUCCGGGCUAACAUCGACUAUGCCAUUGCGGAGGCCCACACUAUUAUGGGCCGUGUUGGCGCGAAGGUCUGGGUUUAUACCGGUGAGGUCAUGCCGGUCCGGGCCGAAGAGGCAGCGGAACUGGAAAAUAUCGAGGUCACGGUGCAGGCCGACGGGCCCGACAUUGACAUCGAAGCACUGAUUGACGCUAACCAAGAAUAG